CGCGCGGAGUGGCUGCGCGGUUUGAGGCGUCAUGUCACGGACUGCGCGGCCCCUCCCGCCGGAGGUGCAGCACCAAUGUCUGCUCUAUUAUUAUCUGAACUCUCUUAUUUGGAGGAAAGAAUAGACAGAUGUUUGGGAAUGGUGGAAAUUUUAGGUGGUGUAAAUGAUAACGUGGUAAAACGUUGUGGUGUUUUGAGCUCUGAACUAAAUUUAUGUCAGAAAUAUGUGGAAGAAUUACAUACACUUCUGUUUAAGUACUCAUCAGAAAUUGAGAAAACCGAGAAACUUCAGAUUGAUUUUUGCACUCUUGAUGAAAUUGUAGACAAUGUCAGUAAUAACAUACCUCCAAUUUUUAAGCGCGAGCCAGUACCUGGUCAGUCAAAAACUGCAGUACCUAAUCAGUCAAAUGCAGUAUCUUCAAAGGAGCCAAAAAAACCACGGCAGCUUGUUCCCAGAAUCAACCUUGUACAAUUUGAUGAGUUUAAAGAGACACCAACGUACCUGAGAGGGCGCAUGAAGUAUGACGAUCUCAAUUAUAUUGUUCAGGAGAUUAACCAGAUUAUUGCAAAAAAAUAUAGCAUAGUCACGCAACAGCUGAAGACACUAAAGAGAUCUGAGCAAGAGCUCUGGAGGAAGUAUAAAUUAGAAGAAGUGAAUGAAGUUAAAGGGUCAUAUUUUAUUACUGAUGAUGACUUGAAAAAGAACAUUGCUCAAAACAAACUGAUUUACGUGACAAAGUAUGCAAUACCUCUCCUUAGACGUGUUAAGAAGGUAUCUGAGGUUCGUUUGAAGGGAGUAACUUACUAUACAUUUUAAUUUGUCUGGAAGUUGUGUGUUUAUACAUGAUCAAAAAUAACAUUUUGUUAAUAUUUGGA